AUGGCCUCUCUAGGCCAUCUAGAGCUCAUCAAAGCGACGAUAUGCUCGAUUACUGGCCACGAAAAUGCCCGCGAAGGUCAGGUCAAGGCGGUCGCUCGAUUGGUCUUCGAACAAGCCGACACGCUGCUCGUUCCGGCGACUAGUUACAGCAAAAGCGCAGUUCUGUACGCCUGCUC